GCGAUAGAAGAGGAGACAGACGCGCACCCACCCACACGAGCCUGUAUAGAUAAUAUACCUACAGACUGCGGAGCAAAAAGGGAGAGGAGCCCGCUGAUGUUGCAGAGCUGCAGGGAGGGCCGAUGGCGAGGGAUUCGGCCGAGCAGAAGAACCAGCAGACGCAGAGGAGCGGAAGCAGUGGAGGAGAGGAAGGAGAAGGAAGCCGCGGGCUGGAUCCAAAGACGACAGCUGAGAGCUACCGACGGAGGAGAAGGAGGCGGAGGAACCGGCACGCGGGCAUUUCGAUUCGCCAAAUAUUUGGGCACAACCGCGAACGACCAGCCGAGAGCACAACUCGCACGAGCAUCGAAUUAAAACGAACGAAGAAAAACGAAGGAGGAACGGUGGGCGAUUACACGCAACAAUAAUACAACAAAACAAACCAAAGGACCAAAGCAAAAAAAAAAAAAAAAAAAAAAAAAAAAAGCAAAAAAAAAAAAAAAAAAAAAAAGAAAAAAAAAGAAACCUAAAGAGCCUCACGAAAAACGAUAAAAUACAAAUUAACGCUUACACGCAUACGCGGUAAUAUCGACAUAGUAUUAGCAGUACAUAUAGGUAUACAUAUAAAUUUAAGCGAGAGUAGGCGGUAUAGCGAUAAAUAAUGGCGGCACCGGUGAUCGAGAAGAAGCGGUUCUUCUGCCGGGAGUGGGCGUUCGCGAAAUUGGCGCACUGCCUGGAGCAGAGGCCGGCGUCGAAGACGUGCGGGGCACUGGUGGUCGGCGGCCCGGGUAGCGGCAAAACGGCCCUUUGCGCCGAACUAGCGUGGCCAUCGAGCGGCGCCUCAGCCAGGCACCAGCGCUCCCUCAACCGGCGCGUCCUCGCAAGGCACUUUUGCCAGGCCAGAAGCGAGGCUAGCCUCUCCCCCGCCCAGUUUGUAAGGAGCCUCGUCGCCCAGCUACUCCAGACCACCUCGGACCCCGUUUGCCGGCUACCCCCCACGGCCGACACCUCUUCGCUGCCGACCUCGCCGACGACGACGACAGUGGCGCCGAGCACCACGUCGCCGACGAGCGAUCAGCAGAAGCAAGCCAACGGUGCGAACGGGCCGUCGUCGCGCGAGGCCGUGGCCGAGGCUUACGCCGAAAAGCUGCGCACCGACCCGGAGAUACAGGCGGCCCUGCAGCCCGAGGUCCUGGACCGCAACCCCGACGAGGCUCUGCGCAAGGCCGUGCUCUUUCCCCUGCUGGAGAUCGAGCCCCCCAAGGACUGCCUGAUCCUCGUCGUCGACUCCAUAGACGAGGGGCCCAUCAUCGGGCCCGGCACGUCCGCCGGACAGGUGCCGAGCGCGAGCGUGUUGGCCUUGAACACGAGCGGCUCGACGAAGCGCGACUCGGAGAACGAGGAGGAGGAGGAGGUGUCGAGAACGAUAGCCGAGCUCCUGGCCAGCCACCACCACCUCUUUCCCCAGUGGCUGUUGCUGGUUUGUACGGCGCGCCGCCAGAGCAAGGCCAUAUCGCGCAUGUUCACGGGCUUUCGGAAGAUAUCGCUCGACGAUCUGCGCAAGUCCCAGGUGGUGCGGGACGUGCAGCAGUACAUCCUGGCGAGGCUCGACCAGGAGGACGCCUUGCGCCAGCACAUAUCCCGGGACACGGCCGAGAUGCUCAACCACCUGCACAUCAAGAGCAACGGGUGCUUCCUCUACCUCGAGAAGGUCCUCGACGGUGUGGCCGAGAAUUUCAUCGUCUUGCGGGAAGUUAGGGAGAUCCCGGGUACCUUGAACGGGCUUUACCUGUGGCUUUGCCAGCGUUUGUUUAGUCGCAAACAGUUCGCCAAGGUCCAGCCGUUGUUGAACGUCAUACUCGCGGCCAAGCUGCCCAUCACCCAGGCUGUGCUCUACGAGUGCGUGAAAACGGCCCAGCCGAGCAUGACCCAGGAGGACUUUAACCGGCAGUUGCACCUCCUCAGGCGCGUCAUCUCGGUCUCGCGAGCUGGCGCGCUCAUGCUGUUUCACCACAGUUUCGCCGAGUGGCUGCUCGACGUCAAACACUGCACCCAAAAGUACCUUUGCUCGGCGACAGAGGGCCACGCCAUGCUGGCCGUGCACUACACCCUGCGAGCCCGCAACCUCGACCCCGACGAGAUCUGCGUCCUCGCCCAGCACGUCCAGGGCGCCUUUGUCCACCAGCAGAAGCACCACCACCACAACAACCACGGUUAUUACCACCAACACCACCAACACCACCACCACCAUCACCACCACCAUCACCACCGCCAGCAGCAGUUGUCGUCCGCGAACUCGAUCUCGACGUCGCUGUCGGUGGCGCUGCAGUCGGACACGAACACGGCCGUGACUAGUGUGCCACCGGUGCCGGCGCUACCGGCGCCCGACAAGCCGCCCGACAAGCCGGCCAUCGACACCUACACCCUGCAACUCCUAUGGCUGAUCAGUAGCGGGGCGCCCAUCAAGCACUGCUACCUCGACAGCAGCGAGUGCAUACUGUGGCCGAAGCAGGACGCCAAGCUGCUCAAGCUGCUCGUCGACGCGGGCGCCAGGCUGUCCGAGAAACUCGCCAACGAGGAGGACAGCCCCGACAACGCCCUCGUUUCUUCUAGUCAAAUAUCGCGCAACUCGAGCCCGACCGACGAGUCGCCGGUCGAGCCUUUGGCCGAGCUACUCGGCGAGAACGGCGACAUCAACCAGACCGACUCCUGCGGUCGCACUGUCCUGCACAACCUCGCGGCCGAUGGUAACGCGUCCCUCCUGGAGUUGGCGCUCGACGCUUGUCCCCAGGCGAAAUUGGAGGCGACCGACCGACACGGACAGACGGCUCUGAACCUCGCCGCGCGACACGGCUACUCGGACGUUGUGAAGGUCCUACUGGCCGGGGGGGCUUACGUCGACCACGCCGACUGCGACGGCUGGACGGCCCUGAGAGCCGCGGCAUGGGGUGGCCACACCAAGGUGGUGGAACAGUUGCUCGAGUGCGGUGCCAUGGUGGACUGCGCGGACUGGGAUCAGCGCACGGCCUUGAGAGCAGCCGCCUGGGGUGGCCACGAGGAGAUCGUCAAGGCCCUACUUCAGCACGAGGCCGACGUCAAUAGGACCGACGACGAGGGCCGCACUGCCCUCAUAGCCGCGGCGUACAUGGGCCACAGCGAGAUAGUCGAGCAUCUGCUGGACUACGGGGCGGAGAUCGAUCACGCGGACAGCGACGGGCGCACGGCUUUGAGCGUCGCGGCUCUCUGCGUGCCCUCCAACCACGGCUACACCAAGGUGGUGAACUUGCUUCUCGAGCGAGGGGCCAGCGUCAACCACCAGGACAAGGAUGGGAUGACGCCCCUGUUGGUGGCCGCGUUCGAGGGCCACAAGGACGUGUGCGAGCUGCUGCUCGAGUACGGGGCGGACGUGGACCAUUGCGACGCAACGGGCCGUACGCCACUGUGGGCCGCGGCGAGUAUGGGCCACGGGGCGGUGGUCGCUCUGUUGCUCUUCUGGGGCUGCUACGUCGACAGUAUCGACAACGAGGGCCGUACCGUGUUGAGCGUGGCAGCGGCCCAGGGCGGGGCGGACGUGGUGAAGCAGCUGCUCAACCGAGGUCUCGACGAGCUGCACAGGGACAACUCGGGCUGGACGCCGUUGCAUUACGCGGCCUUCGAGGGCCACGCCGACGUGUGCGAGGCGCUCCUAGAGGCCGGGGCGAAGAUCGACGAGACCGACAACGACGGCAAGGGCGCUCUCAUGCUCGCGGCCCAGGAGGGACACACGAACCUCGUCGAGAGGCUCAUCGUUCAACACAGGGCCCCGAUAGAUCAGCACGCCCACGAUGGCAAAACCGCUCUCAGGCUGGCUGCUCUCGAGGGACACUACGACAGCGUGAAAGUCCUACUGUCCCACGGGGGGGACAUCAACGCAAAGGACGCGGACGGCAGGAGCAUACUCUACAUCCUGGCUCUGGAGAACCGACUGGCGAUGGCGAGGUUCUUACUCGAGCAGGACAGCCCCGAUAUCGAGAGCAGAGACUCCGAGGGCAGGACAGCACUGCACGUGAGCGCCUGGCAGGGGCACGUGGACAUGGUGGCGUUAUUGUUGGCCGAGGGCUGCGCGAGCGUCAACGCCCGGGACAACGAGAACCGCACGCCUUUGCACUCGGCCGCUUGGCAGGGCCACGCGGCCAUCGUUAGGCUGCUGCUGGAGCACGGGGCGACGCCCGACCACACCUGCAACCAAGGUGCCACGGCACUGGGCAUUGCGGCGCAAGAGGGCCACGAGAGCUGCGUACGGGCACUUUUGAACCACGGCGCCGACCCGAAUCACUCGGAUCAUUGCGGGCGGAACGCCAUCAAGGUCGCGGCCAAGAGCGGACACGACACCGUCGUCCGGCUACUCGAGGAGCAUGCUGCCAAUCGACGCUGUUCACGACCAGGUGGGAGCAGCAGCGCGACCUCGGUGACGUCCAACUCGACGACGGAGACAAAGCCCUCCUCGGCGGUAUUGAACCCCAUCUCGACUCAGUACAGCCCGGCCGAGUCGCCCGACUCCACCAAGAGGCGUAGCUGCGUCUCGUUGGGCAACAACUCGAGCAACAGCAAGUCGAGCAGCAAUCUCACCGGCAGCACCAAGAGCGACCGUUGCAAGGCCAAUCCCAACCCGCCGGCCGUCGGCCAUCAGCAACAACACCAGCAGGGCUCGUCCAGCGGUAACGGCCGGACGGUGCUGUCGUUCACCCAGCAGCUGCAGCAGUGCUCGCGGGGCGUCAAGUCGCGUCCCCUGAGCAAGCUGCUGUCGCCGCUGAAGAGCGAGCCCCAGUCACCGAUCUACGCGUCGCCGCCGCACUCGCCCUCGAGCGACAGCCUCGUACCCUACUCGCCGACCAACACGAGUCCACCGAGCGCCCAGACCGCUGCCAGUAUCAUCCAGAGCCAGUUGGGCGUUUCCCUGCUCACGGGCAACCAGAGCACCCAGUACAAGCCAGCGCUGGGUUACGACCGCACGGGCGCCCUCUACGACGCCAUCUGCAUCAAGAAGAACCAGCACGUGCCAAUCAUGGAAAACAGCGCGGACGCCAAGCCGUUCGAGUUGACCAACGAGAUGUUGGGACUGUCGGUGAGCAAGGACAGGAGAAACAACGGCCACGAGGAGAGGAAAUUGCCGGACAAGCAUUUCUCCAGGGACACCCACAUGCGAAUCAUCUUGGGCAACAACGGUGUCGGGCGCAACGUCAAACACGCCGCGGACAACCACACCGGAAAUUCCGGCAACUCGAGGCCCAAAAGAAACGGCUUGGUUUCGUCGAAUCCGGCGAUGCGUUUGGUCGCCGGUGUCAGAAAUGGAAUAGAAAACGCGACGAAUCGACACAAGCCGGUCACCACGCGGGUCAAUGGUUUCCAAUGGAAAGCAGAGGCCAGAAAGGAGACUCCGUUAUAGGAGCAGGAUUUGACGUUUGCCAGGUGCACGCACGAGGUGGCGUCGAGUCACCAGCCGAGCAACUCCGAUUGGCGAAGCUACCUGAGUAAAAAGCGCAAAUCCAUCAGGAGGUUUUUCUCGUUUCCGUUGAGCAGAAUCAAAUUACCGCCAAACUACCGCCAAAGCAUCCGAAGCAGGAGACGCAGGAAGAAGGACGACAUGUGAUUGGGCUCGGCGGGCCACUGGGUACCGCCGACGUCAACUCGAUAUACCAAAUUCUUUAACGAAUCGUGUGAGAAUUUAAAUUAAUAACAAUUAUUACAAUAUUAGGAUGAAAAAAAAAAAAAAAAAACGUAGGAAAAAAAAAUCGUAUGGUUAUCAAUAUUAUUAUCAUUACUAUAGAUGUAUGUAAACGAGCAGGUGGUGUGUAACCGUAAGUAAGACUUUAAGCAACAACGUAUGUAUAAAUGUAACAUUUAGAAAAGUCCUUUUAUUGAUCUCAUCGAAGCUUAUGAAAAAAAAAAUAAAAAAUAAAAAAGGAUCGUUUGGAUCGUAUGUAAUAUGUGCGGCCUUAAUCUCCACGCGCGUAUUGGAUAAAACAGUGAACACAAAUUUGAGCGACGAAGAAAAAAAAAUUUGGAGUGGACUGUUUGUAACGAAUACAAAAUAAAAUACAAAUUGAGUCUUACGUAGUUGUACGGAGCAUGACAAAUGAGUGAAAAUAAUUAUAAAAGAGUGUCAAGUGUAAAGUAGAUUGGAUAAAGACUGAAGGCACACCGAAUACAGUGCUAAUAAUUUUUUCGACGACUAUAUACUUUGAUGAACAAAAAAAAAAUGUAGAUUUUAACAAAGGUUGAGAAA